GGACUAAAAGUCUGGACGUCGUCUUGGGGCAUUCGAUAUCAUUGCGAUUUGCAAAUCUACCCCAAGCCAUUCAACUGGGGUAUUGAUAGGAGAACACCCAUGAUAUCUUUGAUAGGCGGAUCAUCAUGGUGAACUCGCAGGAGUCUGAGCAUUCCAAGCGAACGAGUGCACAGGUAGCACCUCUCACAAUACAUAAGGGUCGACCGCGCGGAAACAGCAACGCAUCAUCCUCAAAACACAAAAGAAAUACUUCAUCCAGAAGUAGUAUACAGACAGCUUCAACAGGAAGUCAAUCACAAAUUACGCCCCCCGCCACCCCCAAUGGUUCUCAAGAAAAUCUGAAUCAAAUGGAGCCUCCUCCGCCGGUAUUUCACAGCUUCCUAAGGGCAUUUUACCCUUUCAACCCCGAAUAUGCCGUUUCGGAUUCUACGGUCACGCUUCCACUAAACGAAGGGGAUGUGGUUUUAGUGCAUUCAAUACACACCAAUGGUUGGGCAGAUGGGACACUACUUGUUUCUGGCGCGCGUGGUUGGUUGCCCACCAACUAUUGCGAAGCUUACGAUCCAGAUUCCAUGCGGAAUUUACUAAAGGCAUUGCUAAAUUUUUGGGAUCUCUUACGGAGUGGUUUAACUAGUGAUAGUGAGAUAUUUGGCAACCAACAAUUCAUGCGAGGCAUUAUUGCCGGAGUCAGAUAUUUGCUGGAAAAAUCGAAUUGCCUCACUCGUGAAUCACCGAUUGUACAGAGCAACGAUAACCUUCGAAAGAAUAGAAAGGCCCUUUUGUCCGAUCUAUCGGCCCUGGUCAAAACCGCUAAACAAUUGCAGGAUUUUGCUACCUGUUCCUCAGUGGGGAUAGAGGCGGAAACUGUGAACGAUGUCAUCGAUGAGAUGAUUUUGAAAGCGUUCAAAAUUGUUGUGAGAGGUAUAAAGUUCUUGGACAAUUUGGAGGAAGAUGCGAAAUUACGACAGGCCGUCCAUAGAGUCAUGACAACCGUUACUGAGGAAACAUAUGUACCACCUACUCCACCAGCGGACUCGACGUCAUUUAGCGGGACACCGCAUGCAGACCCUGCAGACGACACGGAAUCUCACAGAAGCUCUAUCCGAAGUUCGACGAGCGGCGCUUCCAGUUCCCUGCAAUCGGAAGAGCAGAACAAACGACAGUCAUACAAACGGAUGUCGACUGCGUACCCAGCUGUAACAUCGCGUCCAUUAUCCGUUUCUUCGAUCCAGGCUAAAAGGGCUUCCGUAUCUCACCGUGUUUCACUUAUAGCCUCUAUACCCGCUGAGCAACGUCAAAAUCUUGUUUCUGAGAGAUUAAACUCCAGUCAUGAUACAUUUCUCUCAUAUUUGGGAUCAUUCAUCGGAAGGCUUCAUCUACAAAGCCAGUCUUCUCAAGAUUUGCUGUCGUCGGUGAGGCAGUCAGUGACUGCUGGUCAAGGGUUAUUAAUCGUAGUUGAAGCAGUAUGUGCUCACGACAGCCAAAGCGCCGACUCGUUGAACAAUGCUCGGAACGCAAUGUAUGACAAAAUCAGUAAAUUGGCGUUAGCAGCUCGGGACAUAAUCAGCUCAUCCGCUGUUGAUGAAGACGAUGUUGUAAUGGCUCAACAAAAUGGGGGGUUACUAAUGGCGGCCACAGGAUGCGUUAAAGCUGCUGGAGAAGUGGUAGCAAAGACCAAGUUUGUAAUUGAGCGAAUUGGCGACUUCGAAUUCGAACCAGUCGAAGGUCUUGGAAUCAAUGUGGCCUCGAUAGGUGUCACAGCCGAACAAACGGCACGAAGCCCGAACGUUAAUGUUGCCGUAGCAGAACAGCCUUCAUCGCGUCCACCUCCACCACCUCUAGUCAUUCCAGAUGUUUACGAGAAACCAUUACCAGAGAUACCCCUUGACUCUCCGCCAGCGGUAGAAGCCAACCGAAUGUCGAAUCGACUCUCAAAAAAUUCCAUUCUACCCCCACUGCCAAAAAUGGGUGCUCCUUUGAUGAGCCAAGAAGAUUAUAGUCCUUCCGAUCGUAACUCGACAAGCGAUGGAGAAUUUCAAUCAUAUAGAUCGGGCAGUAUCGCAGUUUCUAGCACAGGAGCUAGUAGCAGUUAUACACGCGAUUCGGAGAUAAGCAUGGUCUCGCAGACUUCUACCAGGGCGACCACUCCAGAUCUAACAUCCUACCACCCAAGAAGUCAGCCAUCUCUGUCAAGUAUCAGCAUGACUGAAAGCCAAUCAACAUUUGCCGAUGAUCCAUAUGAUCUCGAAUCGAGAAUGCUCGAGAAGACUUUCGCACACGAGUUACUACACAAUAAAGAGGGUCAAAUUACUGGAGGUUCACUAGCGGCAUUGGUGGAACGACUUACCACACACGAUUCAACUCCCGAUUCAAUGUUUGUUUCGACUUUUUAUCUUACUUUCAGACUAUUCGCGUCUCCCGUUGAGCUUGCCACAGCUCUGGUCGAUCGCUUUGAAUAUGUUGUUGAAAGCCCUCACAUCGCAGGGCCGGUAAGAUUAAGAGUUUACAAUGUUUUCAAGGGCUGGCUGGAGUCUCAUUGGAGAAAGGUCUCUGAUUAUGCCGCACUCUCUAUUAUCGAAAGCUUUGCGAAUGAUAAACUUAAGGCUGCUCUUCCUGCAGCUGGCAAACGACUUUCAGAGCUGGCUCAGAGGGUUUCUUCUAUGGAUGGACCUUUGGUGCCAAGGCUCGUUUCCUCAAUUGGAAAGACUAGCACAUCUCUCGGUCAAUAUGUGCCAGCCGAUGUACCGGUCCCUCCUGUCAUUGUAACCAAAAGUCAAGCCGCAGUCUUAAGAAAUUGGAAAAUGGGUGGUAGCAAUCCCUCUAUUCUUGAGUUUGAUCCACUCGAAUUGGCCCGUCAGUUGACCAUCAAGGAGAUGAAUAUCUUUUCCUCCAUUACGCCAGAUGAACUUCUUGGAGCCGCAUUUACUAAGGCCAGAAAGGGUGGUUCAUGCGCGGUAAAUGUUAGAGCUAUGUCGACAUUGUCAACAGACCUUUCUAAUCUUGUCGCUGACACAAUCUUGCAACACGACGACGUGAAGAAGAGAGCCAUUAUCAUCAAGCACUGGAUCAAAAUUGCGCAUGAAUGCCUCAAGCUCAACAAUUAUGAUUCAUUGAUGGCGAUUAUUUGCUCGCUUAAUUCAUCUACCAUUGGUAGAUUGAAGAAAACUUGGGACUUGGUCUCUCAAAAGCGAAAGGAAACGCUCAAGGGCUUACAAGCAAUUGUAGACCCAGAGAAGAAUCACGCCUGCCUUCGACGUAGACUCCAUGACCACGUUCCUCCAUGCCUUCCAUUCGUUGGUACCUACCUCACAGAUUUGACAUUUGUUGAUGCUGGCAACCCAUCUACAAAGCAAUUGGUUGAUGGCACAUCUGUCAUUAACUUUGAUAAACAUACUCGCACGGCUAAGAUCAUUGGCGAGCUACAACGUUUCCAGAUUCCUUAUCGCCUGGCAGAAUUUCCGGAACUUCAAGAUUGGCUCCAAGCUCAAAUUGUCCACGUCAAAUCUGCCUCGGAUAAUGAGAACGUUCAGCAAUAUUACCGAAAGUCUUUACUUUUGGAGCCACGCGAUGUCUCAGCUACAAAGCCCAGUCCUGUGGAUUCAGCAGUUUCUUUCGGCUCUUUGCAUGGAAAGGACAAGUUUGAUCUUUUUUCAUGGACUCAUUCAAAGGAUAAAACGCAAACACCUAUUUAAACAUUCUUUGACAUUAUUCUCGACCUUCAUCAUUCGCACUUACUCCGGAUCCGGAACACAUUAUACACACAUCAUCAUGAUAUUCAGUUGAUUUGAUACCCCCGCACUUUGAAUAGCGUUUUAGCGAAUGAUCUUUUUACCCCUAGGAGUUAUACACGGCGUUCUUGACAGGUAGCUCAUGGAAGCUAUGGCCGUCACUUUCGAAUUGUUUCACAUCACACUUUUUACAUACUUGAAUACCAUCACAUUUGGGUAUCAAGACUCGGCCCAGGGAAGGAUAAAAAAGCUCUUUUUAUACUUAUAAUUGUAUACUGGUCGAAUGGGAAUUGUACAUCAUAUCUUUUUUCUAGCUCUUUUUCUUUUCUUUUCUUUUCUUUUUGAUUCUAUCUUGUAUUGUUUUUACACAGCAAGCCCAAAGGAAUGGGUGAGCAGUGAGGGUCAUUAGGGUAUGCCUGGCCUGGUAUGGUUGGGAAAGACGGGGUGGAUGGAGUUGUGGAAUAUGAAAAGCAAAUCAUGCAUUUUGGUAUGGGAACUCUAGGUGGUGCAUUAAGAUUAUUGAUAGGGGUUGUUUGUAUGGCACCCAAAAGCAAUUGGUAUAGGGAUGAGCUCGCGCUCGAGUUUGUCGUGGUUCUGAUCAAGUCAUACGUUGGAAUUGGUAUUUUGGCCGGUGGAAUGAAUGGGGAAGAUUUUUUAGAUGAGGAUUCAUGGAUAUGAUUACAUGAGGAUGGUGGGAAUGGGUUGGAGAGGGAUGGAUGGAUGAACGGACAUUAGUUAGAUACCAAUACCAGGCGGAAAUAUCCAAGGCAAGAUAAGAUAUGGCCGGGAGAGAGAAAUGUUAAUGAAGAUUAUGACCA